AAGUCGCAUUGAAUCAGUUUUCAUGUAGCUUUGUUGUAGUAUAGAUGGCUUGUUUUUCUGUGGUUUUAGUGUAGGGUCAGGGGAAAAGAAAAAGUUUGGUGUUGUAGCUUACUUUUAUUGCUAAAAUUUUUAUCGUCGCAAAUCUCUCGUUGUUCCUGUAAACCCGUGAAUACCGAAAGGAAGCCUUGGAAGAUAUCGAAUCGAUAAUCAGGAAAAUUCUAACGCAAGCCGAGAAAACCCGUGUCGAACGAAGCGUCGACUGAAGAAAACAAGUGCUGGAGUGCAAUGAAAAGCAAUGUGAAAAGUUCAAUGUUAUGAGCCUUGAGUGGAUUACAUAAAUUUUGCCUUUCCCUUGGAGAGCGACGCGGGUACGGCAAGUGAUAAAAUUAAACAGCCACGCUGGUGUGAAGUAUAUUUUGCAAUGUAGUAUAGUUACGAGGUAUCAAGUAACACAAUUAAAAUCGCUACCACAAGUGAGAAUUGGAGUUCUAUUUUUAACCCCAUCCCGAAGGAAACAGGUUGCGCUGCUGAAUCUCGUUGCCUGAAGAGCAACAAAAGAAAGGGCUUGCAGAGCGACAAAUCAACGAUCAAUCGAAAUUGCAUUGUCAGGCUGUCUGCGGGGCAUGGAUAUUGCGGCAUUUGCAUCGACAAUGGCUACAAAGGCUGCUGCUAGGGAUCACGCAAGCCAGCCAGCUGACUUCACCAGUGGGGAAACUUCCGGUUCGUUUAACGGGGCUACCGCUUCGGAUGUCAGAGCCAACAAGCUGAAAUCGUUUAUGGGGAAAACCCCAAGUGCCAUCAAGUCCAAGUUUCUAUCCGUACUUGGCAACAGCACGGAGAUUAUCAAUGGCAUAUCGAAUAAGAUUGAUGCCGCGCUCAGUUUAACAUCCUCCGAAGAAACGGAAACGACCGAGAACCGUAACCAAGCGAAGGUGGACAGUAUGCUAAGACAAAAGUAUGAAGCGGCGCAUUGGAAGCAUCCAGAUGAUCAUACGGCGGGAAAUGAAGUUGAUUUCGAGCUUCGCAGAGCCAAAGAGCGACGAGCACACGAAGAGGUGCUCUCAGGACGCUACAGAAAUCCAGCAUUUAGCCAUCCCGUUUCGAACGGAAGCAGCAGCCAACCGGCGGAGAAACCGCCUGCAAACAGUAUUAGUACCGAGUUUACUCACAGUAACUAUAGCAAUAAUUCCUGUUCUAUUGAUUCGAAAUCGCCUCAACCGCCCCUCGGAGACGGGGAAAGUGAUCUAGCAGUGGAAAUAACCUCACAAUCCGUACCAGUAGUGGAAGCCGUUCCGUCCGGCAAAGAUCACAUUAGAGAAACUAAAAUUGGUAUACCUAGCAGUGCCUCAACUAGUGACAACGAGUCCUGCGUGCUCAGUGCCACCCUGGAAUCGUCUGAGUUGAAGAUGUGGAUUCGAUCUGAGUCGGAGAAUUCGGUGCCAUCGUGGGCAUCGUCUAUCAGCCUUGACAGUCAGUCAGAGGAAGCAAUUCUGGAUUUUAUGAAGCGGUUCGUGAAAAUACUGUUUCGAGAAAGUUCCUCCAUUACACUGGAGUUAAAGUCCGACUUCGGCCAAUACGCGCGGACAGAAACUGGUCGCCUGUGGUUCUCUCGCUUGAUCAACGCACAACGAGCCAAAGCUAAGCGGGUAGACGAAUCGACUUUCUACUCGUUGAUUCAGUAUUUCGCGAUUGUGUUGUUCGAGUGUGCCGAAAGUGAGGACUUUUCCCCGGCUAAAACUCUUAUGAAUAUGUGCUUUACCUUCUACCAUGACAUUGACGUUCCUGGUUGUGAACCGUAUCGUGAAUAUUUGUACACCUACUUGCGGGAUCAGCCGAUUUGGCACUCUUUGCGUUUCUGGAAUGCGGCCUUCUUCGACGCUCUGCAAACCGAGCGAAAGCACCGACCAGUUCCUCCUACAAAAUCGACAAACCAGCUGGCCAAGACGGAUGAUACAGCCGGGUGUCAUGUGCUUGCUGUGCCUGAAGCAGAACGAUCUUCGUCAACCAGUGCCUGUGACCGGACGGAUCCUUUCGAGUUGCAUGAGGACAAAAAAUACCAUCAGAAUCUCAGUUUUGGACAGUUAGGAAGUUUCACAUGUAACAUGCACGCAUUUGGCCUUAGUCGGGAGUUGUGCUAUGAAUUUCUAAUGAAACAAUGCGUCAUAGCAAAUUUAAACAUGGAACAGCAAAAACUUCUCAAGGAAAAUGUUGACCGAAUGUAUCGCGAGACGGAUCCCUGGCGCGAAAACUAGAACAUCAGGAUGUGUGGUGGUAGACUGACGGCUGUUCAACUCAUUUCGUUCUAGACAAUUUAGACUCUCUUAUCACUUAGAUUAGGCAAUUUUUCUUCACCCUGAAUAGCAAUCUAUAGUUUUUAGUCGUUCGAAGAUGUAGCCCAACACAGAUGCAGUAGUGGCAAAGGAUUUUAAUCUCUUGGAAUGUUGUUGUAUGAGUAACGUGAGCAGCCAGAGACGUUAAAUACAAGUAUUUGUAUUUGUGAUAUAUUUUUGUGAUUUUUAGCUGAUGAUAACAAAAUUGUCUGUUGAUAUUAUUAGGUUACUGUUUAAUGAAUCAUAGACGCUGAGGCAAUAGCAAACGAAUCGGUUUUCUACCAAAUGUUACCGUCGCAAUCAAUUCGGUGCGAAUGAAUCGAAACAUGAUAAGUAUUUUUUACACAUUCCAGUUAGGUACGAGUAAUAGUAAACAGAUAGUGCUUAUAGAAGAUACAAAGAAAAGUCAACGUGCGAUGCUGAAAAACGAUUGGAAGGUUAGGGUGAGCAGAUUUGUUUUAAAAGGACAAUAAAGAGUACGGUUUAAUUCGCAAAGAUAGCAAUACAAAAAAAAAACAAAACGGAAGGAAUUUCGAAACAUUGGGAUAUGGGAUGUACCAAACAAAACAUAACGCGCUUCUCGAUAAUUAGUUAGUAUUUUGAUAAGGUGAAUAAUUGAAACGGUAAGAGCAAGGUUUCCUUGCUACUAAAGUAAGAGUUAAGUGGAUCAAGUAUGACGAUACUGGAAGCAAACGUCAUCAAAUGGAUUGAAGUUGUUGUAUUUUGUUACCAAUCACAUUUGUUACUAAUCCAGGAGUGAACGGCUUCGGAUAGAAUCAGAAAAAUAUAUUAAUUCAAUUUGACCAACAGUUUAA